GGGCGUGUCCUUUCUCUGCAGCUGUCAGCUCGGCCAAAAGAAAAAAAAAAAAGGAAGAAAAAACAAGGGCUUAGAAACCACGCAAAUCGGACGAAUUAUGAAUUUCUUGUUAUAAUUUCUCGUCUAAGAUAAAGCCGACAUGGAGACCACUAACAACUAUGUUUUGAUCCAUGGGAAGAACAUCUCCCACAACACCCCGGCUGGCUCUGCUGUGGUGCCCCACAUGUCCAUAGACAAGCUGUUCCCAGCUCUUCUCAAAUGCUUUGGCAUCAUCCUCUGUGGUUAUAUAGCUGGCAGGGCUGACAUCAUCACAGAGAACCAGGCUAAGGGUUUGGGGAACUUUGUCUCAAAGUUUGCUCUUCCAGCUCUGCUCUUUAAAAACAUGGUGCUGUUGGACUUCGGGGACGUCAUAUGGGCGUUCCUCUGGAGCGUACUGGUGGCAAAGGUUACAGUGUUUGUGCUGGUAUGUGUGCUGACGCUGAUGGUGGCCAGUCCAGACUGCAGAUACAGCAAGGCUGGUCUGUAUGCCAUUUUUGCUACUCAGAGUAACGACUUUGCCUUAGGAUACCCGAUAGUCGAUGCUUUGUAUCGAAGCACGUAUCCGGAAUACCUCCAGUAUGUUUACCUAGUGGCCCCCGUUUCCCUCAUGCUUCUCAAUCCCAUCGGCUUUGCUCUUUGUGAGGUGCAAAGGUGGAGGCAGGCCAGCCACCCACAGCGCAGCAGUCUUUGCAUCCUGGGAGUUGUAGUCCUACAGGUGUUGAAAAAUCCAAUAGUCUUCAUGGUGAUAGUGGGCAUCAUCUCCCACUUUGCCCUGAGCCAGCAGAUUCCUGCCAUCCUGUCAGAGUUUAUAGAUGGUUUAGCCAACUCGUUCGGAGGGGCUGCAUUGUUUUACCUGGGCCUCACUAUGGUGGGUCAGCUUAGAAAGCUAACCAGAGACACUGGAGUUGCUUUGAUACUCCUCAUCACAGCCAAACUCCUGGUUAUGCCAUUGGUCUGCAAAGACAUGGUGGAUAUUCUGGAUAUUGGAGUAAACAGCACGAGCUCCAACCACACGAGUUUGUCCAACUUUGCUUUUCUCUAUGGAGUCUUCCCAACUGCGCCUAGUGUGGCCAUUUAUGCUGCGCACUAUAACAUGGAGUUAGAGGUGUUGACUUCAGGGAUGGUAAUCAGCACCUUCCUGUCUGCACCAAUCGUGUACGUAUCGGCUUGGUUGUUGACAAUCCCUUUAAUGGACCCAACCCCCCUGGUGACGGAGCUGGAAAACGUUAGCUUUAACAUCAGCAUUAUCAGCCUCAUAGGACUGGUGUGGACCAUAGGUGUGAUGCUGCUCAGCAAAAAAUUCAACCGACUUCCUCACCUYUUUGUGUUAAAUCUUUUCCUGGCUCAGUUCUUGGUGUGUGUUAGCAUGAUUCUGUGGAACUUCUUGGUGAAACAAGAAGACAAUCUUCUCGGCAAAACUCUCACGUUCACCUUGCUGUAUGGGUCUCUGUACGGCACGUACAUUUGGACAGGUUUAAUUCCUCUCUGCCUGGCUCUGACCAACAGAAAUGAUCUGCUCAGACUCCGACCAGGAGUCUUUAUGGCUUUGGGUUGGGGUGUCCCCUUCCUGAUGGUGGGAGGUCUUCUGUUGUCAGGAGAGAGGACAGACACCAUAGACUCCGCCUUCUUUUAUGGGAGAGCUCAGAUUAUCACAUCUGCUGUGGUUCUCGCGGUGAGCCUGGCCCUCGGCGCUGUAUCCCUGAUGGGUCUCAGUCAGGGAGACAGGGAGCAGACUGGGUACCAGGCCCUGAGCCGAGCUGCCGUUACAGGCGUCGUGGACGAACCGGCGGUCCCCGUUGARCCGGAGGAGCCACAGCGACCGCAGACACAGGUGGCCGAUUCACCCACGUGCAGCAUCAACUCAGACCUCCCGAGUUUUUCCCCUCUCCAGUCUAUACCUGACAUGAUAGCCAGCACACAGAGGGAGCACACAAACAGCACGGGCCACAGUGGGGCGCUGUGUGACGGACAGCAGCAGAGGUCCUCCUCCUCCGAGCAGCCYCUGAAUCUGCCUCCACCUGGGCCUCAGAGCACCGACGAUAAGCAGACUGUGAGACARGUUCUGCUCUGUCUGCUGCUCAGUGUCAGCCUGCUGGCAAAUUUGUCCAGCUGUCUGUGGUGGCUGUUCAACAAAGAUCCAGGAAGACUUUACCUCGAGCUGCAGUUUUUCUGUGCCGUGGCCAACUAUGGACAGGGUUUUCUGUCCUUUGGAAUUUUUGGUUUGGACAUCUUACCGUUCAAGAAGAGGUUGCUCAGUUUUUGGCAGGGAGGGGAUAGUGAGGAUCUGAGUCCGUCUGCCGUACCCGAGGAGGUCAGGCUCACCUGCACCCAGUUUGUCCGCUACCACAAGGACCAGUGUGUUCAAGACYUAGUACGCACACACAGUGGCUCAGGGGAGAGUAUGAACACUCCGACAGGUGAAUCCUUCCUCUGAUUGUCACAGGUUUGAAGGAAGGACAGAGGUGGAGAAUGGAGCCGGACAUUCCCCCUCCCAUCAUCCUCAGUACCUAAAUCUAAAUCUCCAGGAGCAAACACACAGUGAGACACAGAAUCUGCACCAAGUUCCAGCUGAAURCAGCAGUCAGACUUCACUUCCAUCCAACCCCGAGCCUCAGGAUGAACACCAAGCCUAUCUUUCCACUCUUGAUGGACACAACGAGUUCUCCCAGCCUCACGCUAACCAAACUCACGGCCCAGCCCGGUCCGAUCUCGACGGAGUGUUUCGAGGUAGCAGCUUGGUCGACUGGCUCGUGGGGCGGGGCCUGUGUGCCGGACGAGCUGAGGCCAAACUUUACGGCGGUCGCCUCCUGCAGGGAGGAGUGUUCUGUCACCUGACAGGCCAGUGCAGCUUCAGGGACGAGCCCGCUCUGCUGUACCGCUUCACCCCGGGGGUCCAGGAACACGCAAGGAGGAGCGACGAAGACGAUCUAAAGACACGAGCUUUGAGGUGCCAAAGCAAAGUGCCUUAUGGUGCUGGCUGCUCCAGUGGUCACUAAAGGCUGACAGCAUUAGUUUCAGUAGAAUUUGCCACAAAAAAAGAGAAAAAAAAACCAGAGGUUUUGAGGGGAAAUUGUGACACUUUGCUAGAAUAAAGACAACAAAUGACACGUUUGAUA